CCCAUUCCGAUUUUGGUUGAUGACAUUCAACUCUCUUUGGCUGAAGUCAAACUUGCUUGGUUACCCAUUCCGAUUUUGCUUGAUGACAUUCUUGCUUGGAUAGUGCAUAUUGUUGCUGCCAUCCUUAAGACUUUCCAAAUUUCUGGCUUCAGUAUGGAUGCUGCAAAUGCUGGACGGAUUGACCAUACACGGCCUGGCUCUAUUGACGAUUCGGUGUUAAAGUUGCAGUCCACCCAUCGGUCAGAAGCUAUUUGGAAUGGGCAGGAUCCAGGGGCCCUUACUUGCCGUGGCCAUACUGAAGAGUUCUCCAACCGAGAACCAAUGGUAGAUGAUCGAGUUGUUGACAUUAUUAAGGCAUUGGGCUUGGAGGGACUGCUGAGGCAGCCGGGUAGAGAGCUUGACCACGGCCUAAUUACAGCCUUAGUGGAGCGAUGGUGGCCCGAGACUCACACCUUCCACAUGCCACAUGGUGAGAUGACCAUUACAUUGCAGGAUGUGGAGGUGAUUCUCGGGCUUCCUAUCGAUGGUGACGCUGUAACAGGGAGCACACAGAAAACUUGGACGACUGUGUGCGAGGAGUUCCUUGGCUUUCAACCAAUAACUCAAGACCAGCAUAAGGAACUUCAUGGCCAAAGGAUUCUCAUCAAACAGCUUUUGGAGCAAGUUGCUAAUCCAUUGCCACCUAAUGCCGAAGAGGAUGAGCUGCAUAAGUACGCACGAUGCUAUAUCCUAGCGCUACUGGGGGACACAAUAUUCAUGGACAAAUCUGGCGAUAGGGUGCAUCUAAUGUGGGUGCAGCAGUUGGAAGACCUUCGCAACCCACGAAGGUACAGUUGGGGGAGUGCUUGCCUUAAAUGGUUGUACCGAGAGCUAUGCAGAGCAAGCCAUAAGGAAACCAAUCAAAUCGGUGGAUGCUUACUGUUGGUGCAGUAUUGGGUAUGGGCCAGGUUCCCUUAUUUGUGCCCGGCAAUUGAGCGUGGCCCACCAGUAGGCGCUUAUGGUCCUCCAGCGCGUGGUCCUCUGUACCUGAAGUGGGCGUGGGUCCCAAACAAGAAAAACAGGCCUGCCCACAUCUUCAGGGAUAGGUAUCGCCAGCAAAUAGCUUCAAUGCUGCCAAGCCAGGUGGUGUGGCAGCCGUAUGAAGCCGAUUUUGAGGACCUUCCGCCAUGGUGCGUUGCAGGGAGGGUUGUGUGGACGGCAACGGUGCCGCUUGUAUGUUUCCACCUAGUAGAGAUACAUACACCGGAUCGUGUCGUUCGUCAAUUUGGGAUGAUCCAAGAAAUUCCCGAAGAUGUUGACACUGACCCCGUGCUUCAUGCCAUUGAUUUGAGGGGGAAGGUGGGCGUUGAUUGGAUGCGGAAACAUGCUCUGCAUUUACUAAAUUGGGGUAACCGCCUUCAACGGUGUUGUCAAGCAGUGCUUGGUGAUAUGCCUCCACAGCAUGAGUACUUCGACUGGUUCAAAAGGGUGACUCGGAGGUUCAUUGAUGUUCCUGGUGCUACAUUGACUAUACUGAUUGAAGGAUACCUCCGUUUGUUGAGCCGUCACCCGGUGGGCACGGAGGACCACCAGGAUAUUAUAGAUGUGCUAACUGCAGUACAGGUGAUUGGCCGUGUACGACCUCGGGACCUUAAGGUCCCGAAUGAGGAGGCAGCUACUCCUGCCGCAGCAGCUACUCCUGCAGCAGCAGCUACUCAGAGGCCAAGCACUACUGAGAGCCCAAGCACGAGCAUAGCUCCCACUAGACGUCUGGUGUUCGUACCCCUCGAGUUGUCCCUACCUCUGAUCCCCCUCCACCCACCCCACAUCCAUCCCUUAGCCCCACAAUCCCUUCACCCACCCUACAUCCAUCUCGUAGUCCCACCAUCCCCCCAUUGA